AAUGGCAACAACCUAAUUAGAAUUACUCUAAUAACUCUAUGAUUUAAGAAAUGAAUUCAAUGAGUAAUUAAAGAAGGUUUAAGCUGCUCCUGAAGUAAUAUAAAUAAUUAAUUCUAAGAAUCAAGCAGAAAUAGUAACAUUGUAAGAUCAAAAUAGAAGAUAUGCUUAUAGAAUAGGUCAUUUAACAAAGGCUAUUGAUGAAUUGAUUUAAUCAGAAGUAAUAUAAUAUAUAUAUUUUUAGAAUCAAUUACGUACAGAAAAUGCAUAAUUAAAAGCUAGAAUAGCUGAGUUAGAAAAAAAAUGAA